ACGAAACAUAUAUACCUAACCAACCGUCUUUCUAGAUCACUCUGCUGGUCGGAACCGAUCACGGAGCACGUGCGCGCAGUGGAUACGCCGGGGCGCUGUGAGUCGUGGACUAAUUGCGGGGCUCUUGCGGGUAUACGAGGAACAUCUCUGUGAACGAGAGGGAAUAAAUCUCGUUUUCCUAUCACACUUCGAUUUAGAGGGCAUUUAUUUGUUGCUAAAAGUGAGAGAGCGAUAUCAGGAAAGAUGUUGCCGACGACAUUAGGGGGUUAGAGGUGCUGAGGUCCAUCCCAUCACUGAAUAUGGAGUAAAUUCGCACGUCUUCUCUUAUUUUGACUCGGAAUACAGUGAACGGGAGCGCGUCACGAUUAUACAUCUCACAUUCAAGGGAGAAAUCAUUCCAUUCACAAGCAAUUGGAUGAGAGUCAUACUUGCCCUUGGCAACUAAAGAUGACGUUACUAUGGAAACGACUUGUGGCGCUAUCAAUCAUUGGCUGCCUCGCAGUUUUAUCAGCAGUAGCAGAAGACACAAAGUUUCUCGGUCCAAGCUGGAAAAAGGAACCCGAAGAUCUGAUACUACCCAUCCACUCUCCUGAGCAGGAGGCUGUUUUAACCUGUGAGGCAUCCGGAGUCCCUUCCCCUCAGUACAGAUGGUCUCUAAACGGAACGCUCAUUGAUCUUCGUGGUGACGAGAGGCGUCGCCUUUCUGGGGGUAACCUGAUCAUUACUGGCCUGGAUCGGGAUCAAGACAGUGGUGUCUACCAAUGCACUGCCUCCAAUACCCGGGGAACCAUUCUCAGCCAGAGAGCCACAUUACAGUUUGCAUAUCUGGAAAGCUUCAAAAUGCAGACAAGAAGUGCUGUGAAUGUGAGGGAAGGCCAAGGAGUUGUUUUGUUAUGUGGCACACCUUUGCAUUCCGGUGAGCUCACAUUCACCUGGGUCUUCAAUGAGUACCCUCACUUUGUCCACCAAGACAGCCGGCGCUUUGUAUCCCAAGAGACGGGGAAUCUCUACAUAGCUAAAGUGGAACCAUCCGAUGUUGGGAAUUACACCUGCGUGGUUAAUAACACUAUUACCAAGGAGAGGGUGUUCAGUUCGCCAACACCUUUAGUUCUAAGAAAUGACGGAGCGAUGGGAGAGUACGAGCCCAAAAUAGAGCUUCAUUUCCCCGACACCAUUCCAGCUGCUAAAGGAUCCACGCUGAAGCUAGAAUGCUUUGCCUUGGGAAAUCCAGUUCCCAGGAUAAGCUGGAGAAGAACCAGUGAUGUUUCGUUCCCAAACAAAGUCAAACUGAAAAAUUCUAACGCCAUUCUAGAGAUUCCGAGUUUUCAGCAAGAGGACACAGGGACAUAUGAGUGCAUAGCAGAAAACAGUCGUGGAAAGAAUGCUGCGAGGGGUCGUAUGUCUUUCCAUGCCACCCCUCAUUGGCUGCAGACGAUGAUGGACAAAUCAUUGUCCAUUGAGGAGAAUCUGUUUUGGGAAUGCAAAGCCAAUGGGAAACCAAAACCCUCAUACAGCUGGCUGAAGAAUGGAGAAACUCUUAUAUCAGAGGGCAGAGUGCAAAUAGAGAACGGUGCUCUCUCUAUCUCCUCACUAAACCUCUCAGAUGGCGGGAUGUAUCAGUGUGUGGCAGAGAACAAGCAUGGCAUCAUUUAUUCCAGCGCCGAACUGAUGGUGCUUGCCUCUGCUCCCAGCUUCUCCCAGAAUCCUUUGAGCCGAGUGCUUAAGGCUCGCUCGGGUAGUGACGUUAGCUUAGAUUGCAGGCCACAUGCUUCGCCCAGAGCCAUUAGCCUGUGGAAAAGAGGGACCGAGAUACUGCAAAGAAGCGAAAGGAUUUCUCUCUUCCCAAAUGGGACUCUUAAGAUUGCCAACGUAACUAAGCGAGAUGGAAGUACUUACACAUGCAUCGCUAAAAAUCAAUUUGGCACAGCUAGCACAACAGGAAGACUGAUAAUCACAGAGCCCACGAGGAUCAGCCAGGGCCCCAGCAGCACAGAGAUCACGGUGGGUGAGAGCAUCGUGCUGCCCUGCCAGGUGACUGCCGAUCCAGCCUUGGAAGUGGCCUUCUCCUGGGCCUUCAACGGUCAGCCCAUUGAUUUCCAUCAGGACGCCGACCACUUCGAGCGAGUGGGAUGGAGCUUUUCCGGUGAUCUUAUGAUUAGAAACAUCCUGCUUAAUCAUGGUGGGAAGUAUGUUUGUCUCAUCGACACAGACGUCGAGAGUUUGUCUGCUGACGCAAUAUUGGUUGUUAAAGGUGCCCCCAGCCCCCCAGACUUGGUUGUGGUGGAGGAGGUCACAGACAGCACGGCCCAGCUGUCCUGGAGCCCAGGCCAGGACAAUGGAAGUCCCAUUACUGGAUAUGUCAUCCAGGCCAGGACUCCUUUUACUGUCGGCUGGCAAGCUGUCGACACAGUUCCUGAGGUGAUCAAUGGAAACACUCUGACUGCAACCGUGGUGGGUUUGAACGCUUGGGUGGAAUAUGAGUUCAGAGUACUGGCCAGUAACAGUGUCGGGAUGGGAGAGCCCAGUCCCCCGUCUACCAAGAUCAGAACAGAAGAUGCUAUGCCUGACACGGCUCCCAGUGAUGUUGGAGGCGGAGGAGGUACCAAAUCGGAAUUAGUGAUAACAUGGGAGCCUGUUCCAGAGGAGUUGCAAAACGGAGAGGGCUUCGGUUAUAUCAUCGCGUUCCGGCCAGUGGGAAUGGUCACCUGGACCCGAGCCGUGAUCUCGGCACCCAGCGUUACCCGCUAUGUUUUCCGAAAUGACACCAUCCCACCGUUCUCACCAUUCAACAUCAAAGUGGGAGCGUUCAACAACCGUGGAGAAGGACCUUUCAGCAGUAUUGCAACCGUGUUCUCUGCAGAGGAAGUGCCGAGUGUAUCGCCGGAGAGAGUGUCAGCAAAAAGUCUGUCGGCGGCUGACAUCGAAGUUACCUGGGAGCCAAUUGCGUCGACCCCUGAAAGAGUUCUCGGAUAUGAGGUGGUGUACUGGGAAGAUGACACCAAGCCGGAUACAGUGGGUAAAGUGCGGAUCACUGGAAACUACACAGCAGUGAAUGUCAGCGGCCUGCAGGGGAACACUCAGUAUUAUAUAGCGGUGUGUGCCUUCAAUACUGCAGGAACUGGCCCGCAGUCUGUACAUGUCAAUGUUACCACCAAAAAACCACCGCCUGGACAGCCCCCUCAGAACGUAGAGUGGAAUCUGAUUGGCUCUCAGCUCGUGCUGCAGUGGGAUCCCGUCAUUGCUCUCGAAACUGAAUCGGAGGUCACGGGAUACAUAGUGCUGUACAGAAGACACCGGAAUAACGACAUGUACUCCAUCAUCACCAACAAAACCUCGGUUGAGUUGACCCUAAAUCCGAACGACAACUACGUCAUUCAGAUUAAGACCCUUAGUGAAGGAGGCUUGGGCGAAGGAAGUGAGACCAUCCACAUCUACCAACUCAGCAUGGGUGCCCGUGGAUCCAGAGCAGGAAGGCUGUGCACACUUUCUCUCUCUCCGCUCCUCAUUUGUGCUCUGUCGACGCUUAGUGCCUCCUGAUGUUCGCCUCCCAUGAGCACUAGACCCAACCACUCCAAGAAAAACACACUUUCUGCUCUUUGCUUAUACAAGGCUUAUGUUUCCCAUCACAAUCUGACCAGAUGGGAUUCCCCAGCUCCGGCAACAUGUAUGGAAAUAUCAUGGGAAUGUGGGGGAAUUAGUAUCAUUAGUAAACAUGGCAGAGCCCUGCAAGAGAGUCAUUCGGGGGUUUAGGGAUGAUCUAGAGUACAGUAAAAAAAAAAAAAAAAAAACUUUUCUAGUUAAGUAUUUUUGGUUUCUUUUCCUGUAUAAAAUCCUUAUUCCAUUGCUAUUUUUUUCUCUCUAACCAAAUCAUUAUGCUUAAAACAAGGGAAAAUAUUUUCCAAUGAUUUAAGAAAAAAUUAACUUUAAAAACAAAUUGUAUUAAUUGGAAAACAAGACAAAAAUAGACUCUUUUUUUUCUUUGGCACCCUACACAGGGAAAAAAAAGCGCUUUUGUUCUUUGUAUAAUACGCUUCUUUAUGCAGUGUGCCAAUGUGUCAUCUUUUCCUCUGAUCCUUGAGAACAAUCAAUGCCUUAAAUUCAUGUAUGCACCAAAGUAGAUGAAAAUAGUUUUGCAGUUGAGGACAAGGGCUAAGAACCCAGUGUUGGUGGGAGUUGCUCUUAUAUAUAAUGCAGAUUUUUGGAUCUCUUGUGGUUUCAUUGCGCUAACUAAGUUCUGGGUCUGGGUUGACAAAGCCGUGCAUUGAUUUGUUCUAAUGGGAAUAUUCCAUUAGUUAAGAAAAGACUGUCACCAUCCAGCCUCUAUUACAGUGCCAUUGACUCCAAAGGCUCCCUCUCAGUCUCUUUGAUGGGUAUUAGCAUUUUGUUCAGCGCAUCAUGUCGGUUAAAUUAUUGAUGUGUUACGCAUUAGACACUCUACACAAUUAAGGCUUACUCUUCCUGUGAGUAUUUGCUCUGUAUAUGUCAUCUAGCUGAACCAGAUUUAAACGUUCAUGUUAUCCGUAACCCAUUCAUUCCUUUUAAUAUAUACUGUAACAAAAUGCCAUUGAGUAUGGUUUCUCUCACUUAGAAAAGUAAGCUUUUGAAAGGCAUUCAUAUGCCUCACAUACUUCCACCUGUACUUAUGUCCGUGAGUGUUAGUAAACUGGCAUAUAAACUGCAAAACAAUCUGUCAAAAACUAAGUGACAAGAUGUGGAACACUGCUAGAAGGGAAUCAAAUUUUUAUAGCUGUAAUGGCCUUGCAGAUGUGAAAAGACUGAAAGCCUUGCAAACAAGUACAAGUCUGAUGCUUGAAAUUCCCUAGAGUUCCCUACUAGUCUGAUAAAGGUAGUUGUUCAAGGUAGUUUCCAUCCUAAUCCUGUAGUAUUGUUCAAAAGACACAGUAGGGUUGUGCUAUUUAUCAUACUUCUUUUUUUUUUAUUCUGCAUUGGCAACAAGCCUCCAUAAGCUUUCAUGCUUGGGGUUGCCAGAUGUCAAAAGCUUAAAUCCCCCAAAUAAGAGAUUUUCUUUUAAAAGGACAUAUAUUCUGCCCAGUGUAAUACUUAAUCUUCACAGUCUGGGAGCCAUGUCAACAUGCUCUCUCAAAACUGAGAAAAAAAGCACUGAUAAUCUAGAAAAAAAAUAAAAUACAAAUGUUUGCUGUAACUAAAUAAGCAAUCAAACGUUUUUGGUGAUGAACUGUAAUAAAUCCAAACAUGGAUCGCAACAGUAAUGUUUGUGGUUGCUGAAUAGAUGCGCUUAAGCAUCCUCCGUGGCACAGUACAAAAUCAUUUUUGUUGUUUUAAUAGAAAAAAAUUAACAUGAUUUGUCAUUUCUAAAGCUAAUAUUAAGAAUUUCACAUUUUAUAUUUUA